GUGUGUGUGGGGUGGGGGGCUCAGGGCUCAGAUACAGCUGUGCUUCAUGCUAUUGAAAGCAGUGACUUGCAUCACCAGCCCAUCAAGCCGCUUAGCCCCCUCUCAUUGUCAAGAUCUUGUUCUGAUUAAGACCCUGAAGAAAGAUUAUAGGAUUUAGACCAAUGCAGAGUUCAUACCGCAGAGCCCAUGAAUAAUGUCUGCUUUGGAGUUGCUGGCCAGUGAAGAUCAAUAGAUGCUGAUAACAGAGUUAAAUUAAGCCUCAGGUGGGUUUUCUUUUCUUUCUGUCAGAUGGAGCAGCAUGUAACCUGCCUGAUCUUUAUACCCAGUAGCUAGGGCUUAGAUUUUUGAGGGAACGCCCAGCCAGACUGUGAUUAGAGUCAGCUGUGAGGUUCUCUGCAGCUCAUUAGAGUCGCUUAUACCUUGGGGCCCUCCUGCUCAGAGUACCCUCCCAGAGAGUUCCUUAUUGCCCAGGAUAAAGCAUCCUGUGAAAACAGGGAGCUCUCGAGUCAGGAUGAGAUUUCAGCAUUCUUCAGAGACAGAGUGGUUUUGGAUCCUAGCCCUGGGGAUAGCAGAGAGUCUUCAAGUUACCUCAAGGGACCCCAGCAGCAGCCUCGGAGGAACAGGGUUCUCACAGCCAUCAGGAUUUCAACCUCUGAAGUCCUCCUUUCACUUCAGUCAGACUUGCUGUUGGCACCGACAAUCAAGAUUUUAAGUGGCCCAAGUUUGUUGUUUUACAAGCUGUUGGUGGCAGAUUCACAUAUAACGGGUUUCUGAGUGGCUGCUUCUGUGACCCCUGCAAGGCGCUGUCGUCCCUGCCAGAGUUUUCCUGGCGUCUUGCCAGGCUUCCCCGAGGCCUGUGAGGGUGGCCCUGCGGCUGCGCACAGCACUGUGUCCUGAGCACAGUCCCCGCCCGUGUGUGGCAGGGGGAUGCCAGCAGAGCCUCAACCUGUGGGCGGCCCAUGGUGUCCGGGGGGGCACCCUGGCUGCACCUCAGCUUCCUCUGCCUGCCAGGCUCAUCUCCCGCCGGGUGGCGACAGCCUCAAGGGGGCAGUUAGCUUACAGGGAGAACCUAUCCCUUUGGACUGUGUCUGGACCCCUCCACCUUGCAGAUGGAAAGAAACACAGUGGCUGAUUAGUAGCUGGAAUCCAGCAUGUGGUCUCUGGUUCGAAAUCAGGAGAAGCCACCACAGUGCGAAGCUGAUGCAGUGCACCCUGCUUGCCACAACUAGAGAAAGCCUGUGCACAGCAGCGAAGACCCAGCACGGCCAGUCAGUCAGCCGAAAACAAACAGAUGUCAAGCCGUCCAACAUCCUAGUGAACAGCCGUGGAGAGAUCAAGCUCUGUGACUUUGGGGUCAGCGGGCAGCUCAUCGACUCCAUGGCCAACUCCUUCGUGGGCACCAGGUCCUACAUGUCGCCAGAGCGACUCCAGGGGACCCAUUACUCCGUGCAGUCGGACAUCUGGAGCAUGGGGCUCUCUCUGGUUGAGAUGGCUGUCGGGAGGUAUCCCAUCCCUCCUCCAGAUGCCAAGGAGCUGGAGCUGAUGUUUGGGUGCCAGGUGGAGGGAGAUGCGGCUGAGACCCCGCCCAGGCCAAGGACCCCCGGGAGGCCCCUCAGCUCUUAUGGAAUGGACAGCCGACCUCCAAUGGCAAUUUUUGAGUUGUUGGAUUACAUAGUCAAUGAGCCUCCUCCAAAACUGCCCAGUGGAGUAUUCAGUCUGGAAUUUCAAGAUUUUGUGAAUAAAUGCUUAAUAAAAAACCCCGCAGAGAGAGCAGAUUUGAAGCAACUCAUGGUUCAUGCUUUUAUCAAGAGAUCUGAUGCUGAGGAAGUGGAUUUUGCAGGUUGGCUCUGCUCCACCAUCGGCCUUAACCAGCCCAGCACACCCACCCAUGCGGCUGGCGUCUAAGUGGUUGGGAAGCAGCAGUCCCUGCCCGGGGCAUGCCAUGUUGCUUCCGGGCAGCCUUCCCAUGCCUGUCUCUGUUCAGACGUGCAUUUCACCUGUGACAAAGGAUGAAGAACACAGCAUGUGCCAAAAUUCUAUUUGUGUCAUUUUCAAUAUUAUCAUCUUUACUCUUAUUACUAUUGUUAUUCCCCUAAGUGGAUUGGCUUUGUGCUUGGGGCUAUUUUUGUGUAUACUGAUGAUGAAAACAUGUGCAAUGUAGAAUUACAGUGAAACUCUGGUGACUGUGGGUAGUCAUUCUUACUGAAAACUGCGCUGCUUUCCCACACCGUGAACUGGCUGGUCGCCUCUAUUUUCGGGAUUCUUUGACACUUGGUGGUACUUCAUUCUUGCCAGGCAUACCUUCUAACUGAGUAGGAAGGAGCCUUGUAAGAUCCUUCACAGGCAGUGCAUGUGAAGCAUGCUUUGCUGCUAUAAAAAUGAGCAUCAGAAAGUGUGUAUCAUGUUAUUUUAUUAUGUUCUUGCUUUUGGUGUAGAAUUCAGCAAAUUUUCAUCAAAAUCUAGCCAGAGCCCUUCACUGCCAUGAUAGCUGGGGCUUCACCAGUCUGUCUACUGUGAUGAUUUGUAGACUUCUGGUUGUAUUUCUAUAUUUAUUUUUAAAUAUACCAUGUGGAUAUUUAGUGCUAUGUCUCUUUAAGUUUGGAUUAGUGUUUCUAAAAUGGUGGAGUUACUCUGAAUGUUACAAAUGGAUCAAGGCAUUAAAAUAAAUGAGAUCUACCUUUCACCAAACCCAAGUACUGAUGCUACUGUAAACAACAGUGUGUAUAGUGCCUAACAACUGUAUGAAAAUCCUUUUACCAUUUUAAUCCAGAUGUUUAACAAGCCUAAUCUCUUACUCUAAUAAAUAUACUAUCAAAUUCAAA